GGCAGUAGCAGUAUAGAGAGAGAGAGAGAGAAAGAGAGAGAGAGAGCCCAGUCAUGGGCGGCAUAUUGUUCGCGUCUUUUUGCGCGUAUACUCGACUUUGAAGAGCAGCGCGCGUCUUAAGUGUGAAGUGCAGCUGUGAGCUUGUGCGCGGAUGAAAAGGUGUGCGUCGAGGAGAGACGAGUGUUAUGCGAUUGUUCGGUGUUAUCUGUAGCGGGAACCUGCCCUAUCGCCGGCGUAAAUAUUCAUUCGGAGGCGAGAUAAGAGAGUUUUUUUUUUAAACAAUGAAAAAUGCAAGAUUUACGUUCGAAUUUAAAAUAAAACGAUAAUAAGAUCUAAUCGCAAAGAUGAGCCUACGCUGGAUCCACGAGAACCUGGAGCCUCCGAACUGCGACGAGGAGUGUAGCGACAUCGACGACAGUUGCAGCGACGACAGCUACGAUUCGGAUUUGGAUUUGCCCGACGGAAUUAGCUGCAAUAAUUCCAACAACAAUUACGACAGUCGGAAUCACAACGAUAAUCAGCGGAACAACAAUAAUGUGAAUGGUCAGAACGGGCUGGUCAGGAGCAAGAGGGAGACGCGCAGACACCCGACGACUACAGUUAGCAUCGAUGAAAAUGGUAAGCCACACUUUGAAUCAGAGGAGCCGGAGAAGACGCAAAAACCGCACUUGACAUGGGAUCAGGCAUCGAAUAAUCCGAUGUACUGUCAAUCGCUGAAAUUGAAGCUCUUCUGUAGGACGGGCUACUUCAUCGGGAUCACACCAUCGGGUCGAGCGAGAGGUUUUCCCGCUGAUAGCACUAACGACGCCCACGUGCGUCUGAUCGUCUGUCCGGUAUCUUCCGGAAUAGUCCGAUUGCAGAGCGCCGAAACUGGGCAUUACUUAGCCUUCAAUGCCACGGGACACUUGUACGGCGAGAAACGAGCGAACAAGGACAAUACCGAGUGGGAGCAGUGGAGCAUCGGUACCUACGACGCUUUUCGCUCCCACAAGUACGCUGAGCCCGGCUGGUGGCUCGGCAUCAAGAGAAAUGGUCGACACAAGCCUGGGCCAAAGACAGCUUGGGGUCAGAAGGCAGUACAGUUUUUAGCCGUUCGACUCGCGUGAUUUGAGAGAAUAUAGUGUAUGUAAUUGUUAUGAAAUUUUUCACUUGGAUGUAAGUUUCUUUCGCCAAGAUUCCGAAACGAAAGAUUUUAUAGUGUGGACAGAGAAAGGUUGUCAAAAUUUAUUUAUCAUAUGUAAAGGCUUAAGUUAACGUAGAGAGAUAACUUUCGAGUCAGUAUGAUAUUGUUAAAAUUUAAAAAGAUAUCCUGCGUAUUAUUUUGAGAGAAAAAGAUGUAACUGGCGAUAACGAUAAUAUAUUUAUCAUUAAUGAUUAUUGUCAACCUAUUUGGCGUGCAAAAAGCAAAUCAUUUGUUACUUAGCAAUAAACGAAACAGUACAAAUAAUCAUUAACCUUAAUCGAGGUCAUUCCAUCAAACACUGAAUUAUCAAAUACCAUAUCACAUUGCUUCUAUUGAGAACAAUUUAAGCACGAAAUUUCAGUUCAAUUUUGUUUUCUAGUUUUCAUUGCGCCAAUAAAGAGUCACUUUCAAAAUAGAUAAUAUUGAUGAUUAUAAUAGUCGACUCUCUCAUCUCGCCCAGCGUUUGUGUGUCUUGCACGUGAAUCGAUAAUAUUAUACUAGUACACGCUAUUUCAUUAUAAUUCGAAACGAUAAGAUUUGGAUUGUCAUUUGGAACUUGUAUUAGACAUAUCAGUUUCCUAAAUACUUAUUUUACAAGAUCGAGUAAUCUAACAUAACACACUACUAUUUUUGUACCUUUAAAUGAUAUUGCUGAAUCAUGAGCAGCGGGCUUUAAAAAAAAAAAGAAACUUAUCUACUACUGUAUGAAUCGGCUCUUUUGUGUUGAAACGUGCAGGUGAAAAUUAAGCAUUCAUACAGGCGAAAGAGAAACUGUCCUAACUGCGAUUGAGGAUCAUUGCUUUAAACUUAAUCAAACGCCUUCUAAAUCAUAUGAAACAAUUCAUAUAAAAAUAUACGGAUAACUAAUUAAUUUAAUUACAAUCAAGCUUCAACGUUGCGAUAGUAAUCUACAACGAGUGCUAGAUAAUUAUCUCAGAAAAAUCAUCAUAAGAUAACUUGAACGAUAAAAGGACAGAUGUUCCACAAAGUCAUUCAUUCGUAACUCUGAUCGCAGACUAACAAUCAUGAACAGCUACAUCCCUACGAAUCCUGAGCCUUUUCCCCUUACCAGUCCGUAGCCACUAUUAUAUGACGUGCAAAGAGCUGUCGCUGGGCUUAGUCGCGAAAGGUCAUCAGGUCGACGUCUACUAAAUCUCCGUUACUUCAGUCUGCAAGGGGCCCAAUGAGCCUUAUGGAAACAGCGAUAUUCUGGAUCAGGUACAUAGCCCGUCGUGAAAAGGACGCGCUGAGGGUACUGCUAGUCCUCUACAUUGCCUGGACAAUCGUUAGGAUAGCGAUCGAAUUUUUAAGACCGAAUCCGCGAAUUCGGUCAGGCGUAAACUUGAGAAAACGGCAUAGUGUAGAAGAAACACUCAGAUGAAUUAUUUUUUAACUAUUCUUAUACUUUAAUUUUUUCAAAAGUAUAAUGAAAUUUAUUUAAAAAAUUAAACCAAAAUAUCCGGUCAUCACUUUUCUUAGAAAACAAGAUUACAUUAUAGAUUGCAUUUUAUUGCAUUCAUCACAUUUCAUUUGCCCACGUUUCCCUAUUUUCACUAGGCAAAAUGUGCAAGUGUACCCCACUCUUCCCGACUCAUUGAUUUAACAAAAAUUAUCAGUAUUAUUAUUUAUAUGCGGAUGUCAAUUAUCUACUGAAGACAGUGUAUACACUUGUAUCGUCCGUAAUCGUUAUCGUUCAGUGCAGUUUAAUCAUUGAAAGUGAUGGGAUCGGUUGCUGAAGUCUGAAACCGGGUCAAGUGCAAAUAAACGAGUAUCCGUGGAUCACAGGUGAAAAGUUUACAUGAAUUUCGUAUAAAUUUUGCAGAGUCUACAGUUGAUUGUAAUUAGGAUACUUCUAUCAAAUUAUUUAAUAUUAACGUCGGCGUUUUAGCCUAAUAUUCAAUAUAUAUUGUCAAUGCCACGUAGAGGUUUUGCUUUGCAUCUAUGAUCAAUGUUUUACAACAGAAACAGUUAAAUAAAUUUCCAUCUUAACAUUG